AUGACAAAUGGAAUCAUCAAUGGUACUGGCCUAGAGAAUCAGUUUGCUUCUCUUGGUAUAAACGGCACGAAAUCAGCCUAUGUUCCUCCUCAUUUGAGGAGUUCGCAGCGGGCUGCAUCUAGUCCCACCCUUCCUACUAACGGGGACGGCUGGAACGACUCCCGCUCAUCCACUCCUUUAUCCACUCCUCCAAACCGCGGUUAUGGUGGAGGUAGAGGCGGACAGUAUGAUAGAACUGCCAGUGGUGCAGUCGGCGGCAGGGGAGGGGCUGCAGGCGGGGACAGAUGGGGCGCCCAACCUACCAGCAAUUGGACUGGACAUACCCCGAGAGGAGACGGACAACGGGAGACUUUUGGGUAUGGUGUUUGGCGGGACGGUGUCCAUAUUCCCGGUGGUCGAAAUGUCCGCAUGGAGAAGGAACUGUUCGGAGACGACGACGAUCCCUCCAAGCUGCACACUGGCAUCAACUUUGAAAAGUACGAUGAGAUUCCUGUCGAGGCGACAGGUGCUGGCGUGCCAGAGCCUGUGACGGCCUUCACGAACCCCCCGCUAGAUCUUGUUCUCUUGGAGAACAUCGGUUUCGCUCGUUACGCUACACCGACCCCGGUGCAAAAGUACUCGAUCCCUAUCGUUGCUCUCGGCAGAGACCUCAUGGCCUGUGCUCAGACUGGUUCUGGGAAAACAGGCGGUUUCCUUUUCCCAAUUCUAUCGGCUUCAUUCACUAAUGGUCCUCGCGCCCCUCCAGCCGACUCGCAGGGCGGUGGCUAUGGUCGUACUCGCAAGGCUUUCCCUACCGCCUUAAUUCUUGCUCCUACUCGCGAACUGGUGAGCCAAAUUCACGAGGAGGCUCGCAAGUUCUGUUAUCGUUCAUGGGUCCGCCCUGCCGUUGUUUACGGUGGAGCAGACAUCAAUCAACAACUUCGCCUAAUCGAGCGCGGUUGUGAUCUCCUCAGUGCGACUCCAGGUCGUCUGGUCGACUUAAUCGAGCGCGGGCGCAUCAGUCUCGCCAACAUUCGCUACCUCGUUCUGGAUGAAGCCGACCGCAUGCUUGACAUGGGUUUCGAGCCCCAGAUUCGCCGUAUCGUCCAGGGCGAGGACAUGCCAGGUGUACAGGACCGCCAGACCCUCAUGUUCAGUGCCACCUUCCCUCGCGACAUCCAGAUGCUCGCGAGAGACUUCAUGAAGGACUACGUUUUCCUAUCUGUGGGUCGUGUCGGUUCCACGUCAGAGAAUAUCACGCAGAAGAUCGAAUACGUGGAAGAUAAUGACAAACGUUCCGUUCUGCUUGAUGUGCUCUCGGCGCAUGUCGGUGGCGAAGGCGGUUUGACGCUCGUCUUCGUCGAGACAAAACGAAUGGCAGACAUGCUGUCCGACUUUCUCCUUGCCAAUCACCUCCCGGCGACGUCCAUCCACGGCGACCGUACCCAGCGCGAACGUGAGACGGCUCUGCAAACUUUCCGUAGCGGUCGCACACCCAUUUUGGUCGCCACUGCAGUCGCCGCUCGUGGCCUGGAUAUUCCCAACGUUACUCACGUCGUCAACUAUGACCUUCCUUCCGAUAUUGACGACUACGUCCACCGUAUCGGUCGUACCGGACGUGCGGGUAACACUGGUGUCUCGACCGCCUUCUUCAAUCGUGGCAACCGCAACAUCGUUCGAGACCUAUUAGAACUCCUCCGCGAGGCCAACCAGGAGGUUCCUCCUUGGCUUGAGACCGUUGCGCACGAGGGCGCCUUUGGCGGCGGCAUGCGUGGUGGCCGUGGUCGCGGUGGCCGUGGUGGAGGUCGUUCCUCAACUGCUCGGGACUUCAGGGCUAGUGGAGCCGGUGGAGCCGGUGGAGGCUACAGCGGCGGCGGGUACGGUGGUCGUGGUGGCGCAGCCGGCUACGGUGGACCGACUCAGUACGGCGGCUAUGGCGGUUCUGGUUACGGUGGCGGAGGUGGAGGCGGAGGUGGAGGUGGAAGCUGGUGUCUACAGCAAGUCAUGUAUCGAGCGCUUUCGCCCAUCUUCGACGUCCCCGAAUUUCCGCCUUUGAGAAGAGUAAAGCCUCUCCCGAAGCGCAGGCGGACAUCGGAAACGCUCCCGCAUGAUGAUGCAGAGAACAUCGUUCCCUCCGCUCCAACCAUGCUCGACUCCUGCACCACUACGGAAGAGCUGAUUGCUCAUGCGGACGCCCUCACGGCGCAAAUGGCCCUGCAGUCGUACUACAUGCCGGUGCUCGGUGGCGUGCAGGACCUCUUCAAAGGCGAUACGAACUCGCACACCUCUACACCGCUCAACCUGGGCGGCAUGUAUGGUCUGGGAGACCCGCGAGGCCACGAAGAUGACGAUUCCGGCGAUGGGGAUUACAUCGAUCACCUGCAGCAGCCUGGGAACACGAAGAAGAGGAAGGUGCCGGCAAACAUGUCGGGCUCACUCCACGGGCAUGAUGAGACGUCGGGCAACGCUGGAGACGACGAGGAACCCACCGACCGGGCCAUCCCCACAGGCGCUCGCUCGGAUCGCGACUACGACGUCGUCGGUGGCCAGCCACCGCAAUCAUCCCCCGGGACAUUGGCGCAGAAGAAGGGGAAGAUGUCCAAGGCGACGUUAGCGGGGCUGCAGCACAAAGAGAUGCUGAAGAGCCGCAAACGUCAGUUGGCUGCCGUACUUGGAGCGCUGUCGCACGGGGACACGCUCGCCCUCGAUCAAGCGCUUUCGGGUAGUCAUCCAUUCACCACUGCUGGACUCCUUGGUGACCCCAAGCUUGUGAGGAUGCGGCUGUCUCGCCGGAGAGGCCCUCGCCUCGCUCGAGCAUAUCGUGCCUUCCAUGCUUCGAUCCCUUCGCUGCCAGAUAACCGCGAGGCCGCUCUACCUUUGUCAGAUUUUUCAUUUGUAUGCCACAGUGCAGCGUCCGACCGUCUCAUUGCGACGAAAGAGGAGGUAGCUGUCCUUCACGCUCGGUUUGAGCAGGAGCUCGCUCGGCAAGCUGCUAAGGCUGCCGAGGCUGCAAAGCAAGCAGCCGCAGCUCUUAAUAACGGCCCCUUUGCUAAACGCAAUGAUACGUCCAAGCAGGGCCGCGGAAGGGGCGGUGCAGAUCCGAACGCUGGUAGUUUGGAUCAAUCGCCCUCGAGCGGGAAGGAUCGAGGCGGCAAGAAGAAAAAGCGCUCUGCGCUGGCUAAUGCUUCGAACCCACAUCAUCUACGCAACUAUGUUCCUUCUCGCCUCCCUAGCCAGGGUCAGGCAAACACAGCGAAGGCCAGUGUCAAUAACCAGAAUCUCGUCAGCCCCCUUCCUCUCCGAUUUCUUUCCGCAGAGAUACCUCCACGGCGGCGCAAGGGCUCCGAGCGGGUGGUCACACCCGUGUCGACACUGAGCGAUCCGGCCGACGAGUGGAUAUGCCCCUUCUGUGAAUAUGGCCUAUUCUAUGGAGAUGAGUUGGGGUACCAGCGUGCGGUAAGGAACCGGAAGAAGAUCCUGAGGCGGCGGCGACGUGCCAGAGAGCGUGCUGCAGCCGCAGCCAGUGGAACCGGUCCGGCGAUUGCGCCGGGCAAGAACACGCCUGUGAACGAGGAGGUAUACCCUGGGUACGACGUUCCUGCGGGUGGAGAUAAUACGCCUGUGGCUGGCAAGCAGGCUAGAUAUAAGGAGGAGAGGGACCGCGGAGGGCACAGCAUGACCGCAUCUGCAUUGGGAUAA